GUUGGUCUCUUCCCAAAAGCUUUACACUGAAAAAGCAGUUUCCUGUUUAUGUGCUGCAUUUUCCCGUUUGCCCAUCAGGCGGCGACAACGCGUCUUUCCUGGACACAAAUCCACCAAAGAAGAAGACAAACCGGACUUUUGCUGUGAGAAAGGAACUGUGUUGGUAAAAAGAAAAAGCAACACAUGGCGACGCCGGUGCCUGUUCUCCGCCUUCCUAAAGGCCCUGACCCAAACAGCCGGGGAUUUGACCCUAAUUCGCCUCGCUACAUUGCUCUCUGCCGCACCACUGUUGCCACCACAGAAGCGGCGGGUGGAGACGAAGAGGAGCUGCAGCAGGAGCAGCACGCCCGCUCGGUGCUGAGGGAGCGUUUCCUGCGGUGUCUGCUUGCUAUGAACAACAAGAAGGUUCGCUUCAACAUGCACGAAAAUGUGACUGUCGAGGCCACGUUUGGUUCAUCGGACAUUGAUGUACUGAACUUCCAGGUGUCUGAUCUGCACACGCCGAUUGGAGUUCAAAAGGAGGCGUUGAUCAGGUCUCAGGAUGUGAUUUCAUUCACCUUUGAUGCAUAAAAACUAGAAUUCAAGAACAAAAGCACUCAGGAGUUUGUUGUCAAUAUAUUUUUACAUUAUGACGAUGUUUACAUAAGUGAUGUUCUUCAUGUGCUUCGAUUUGUUCAACCUGUCUUAACACAUCAACCGUAGACUAAACUGAUGUCUCAAAAAACAAAACCCUCAAACGAACCUGUGCCUUUUCACCACAAGAGGGCAGCAUUUGCCCAAAUUCAAAGAAAGCAUCCCAUGCAAAGAAGUUCUGACUUGUUUUCUUUGAGUUUAAUUUGUCUUCUGCUUGUCUGAAAGGAGCUGAAGCAGAUUGAAGGAUUGUAAGUUUAUUUUUUCCCCCAUUUAAGUUUAUAAAGAUGUGAACACUGAUAAUGCUGCUUUCAUCUUUCUAUGAAACAAUCUGUCUUCAUUUAUUUAUUCUAUUUUGUUUUCUGAUAGACUAAAAACUUUGUUAAAGUAGUUUGUUUUGUACUAAAAAAAAAUGUAAAAUGUAUUUUCAUUUUUUUUCUAAUUACAUUAAAAAUGAGUUGAAUAAUCUUUA